AUGCCUGCCAUGUGGGACACCUUCAAAACUGGCAAUGGCCCCAGUCUUCACCAGCAACCACCUCAAGAACUCAAGAACCGUCCAUUCCUUCGCCAGAAUCGCAGCUCUUCCAGCGGACUGCCACAGAGUCGAUCGACCUCGAGCGCCCACAGCAAUCAAACCGCCAAUUCAAACAAGUCCCGUGACGACAUUUACGAAAGCCAAACCCAUCUUCACGACGAGUUCGAAAACCGACUCAACGGACUUGGCAUUCAAAACGGUCCUUUCAGAUACGAGAUUCGCCGUGGCAAGACAGUCCGAACACCAGACAUCUCGGGUCCACCACGUCUUUCCCCUGUCCUCGGAUCUGACGAUAUCCGAGUGAAACCUCCUCGAAAUCCGCAACAACUUCAAGGCGAGGACGACUCUCCCUGGCGUCCUGCCUCCUCCAUCUACACCAACGAAGACGUCCAAGACCGAAGAAGCAGUCGUCACUCCCGUUAUUUACAAUAUUUGAAGCCAUCUCACUCAAAGGUUCCUGCCACAGACAUGUAUGGGCGUCCUAUGGGCGUCGAGAUCUCGCCCCCAAGCUCUCCCGAGUUUGAUGCUAGACAAUACAAGCCAAACUCACAAGAUGUCUCUCCAAUCGACGACUCUCCCAACCCAUCUCAGUUGAAUCUUCUUGGAGAACGCCGAUUAACACCCUCUCAAUCACAAGCGCAGCUUCGUAGCCAAAUACCGCAAAUGCGUCGUGAUAAGCCAACGAGCCCUGGCCUUUCUUCACAACUUCGAACCACCAAAUCCACCGAUGAGCUCACGGAUGCUAGUAAGCCAUGGGAAAACAUGCACCCGUCAUAUUACGGCAGUCAAAAACCAUUCGGAUCCACAACCAUUGUCACCGGUGGGCAGCAAAGCAACACUUCUCCGUCACUUGGACAGCGGAUCCGAAAGUUUGCCAGAGCGAAGCCCGAGCCUUUCGACACUAGGCCACCAUGGAAUGGAGCAAGUGGACGUGCACCCAUGAUUGAUCCAGUCCGGGAUGAUCCAUCAGUUGCUCCAUUGAGCUUGCGGCGCAAGGCCAGUAAGCGGAUUGCACUUAGUGGUGGUGUCAAGCCUGAAACACAUAGCGGCAAUGCUGGAACAGUUCGACAACACGUCCCCUCACGGCCCGCCCAGAGGUCCAACGAGACUUAUAAAACACCAUCACCCGAACUUGUUUCGCACUCUUAUCCUAGCCCUCCAAAUACUGGCUCGCCGCCGCCGUCUCAGCCCGCCAUGUCACAAACCGCGACAUCUAUGCUCACGCCAAACAUGGUGCCUGAUCAGAUGAAGGCCAUAAGAAGGAAGCCUUCCCCCUCCACGCACAACCCUCAUUCUUCUUGGUCGAGUUCCGUCUACUCAGCAAUUACCGAGAACACGAUCAUCGGCGACAAGUCACUCCUCAACCCAGUUGAACCGGCAGGACUAUCCACACCAGAAGAUCCUUGGGCGCAGCCUGCAUCUCGUUUCAGUGUUACAACUUGCAACACAGCUGCUGCCAAGUCACCAGUUGUGCCUGACGAAGAAGAGCGACCAGAUACACCGAAGCAAGCCCCCUCAGUGAUGGAUCGUAGGAGACCAGUACCAGGCGGAGACAACUUCAGAAGAGCUUCCAACGUACCAAUCGUCAUCUCAAUGAAGUCGGCUUCACCAUCGAAUGAGCAUUUUGACUCGAACGUUUCCACCGACAAGGCACUUCCACCUGCACCGCCUGAGCUUCAAUCCGCACAUGAUCGUGUAGCGUACCUCACUGCUCGACUCGAUAGUCUAGCACAUAGACGCAACAACAUCAACAAGAGUAUCAAGCAGAUGACGGAGUUGAUGCCCACCGACAGAAUUUUGUCGAGCACAGAAGUGAUGCGUAAGCGCGAGAUUGAGAAGAAGAAGGUUGAGGGGCUCAAGGAAGAGUUGGCCGAGAUUCAAAGAGAAGAGCAUGACUUGGGUCUCAAGCUCUACAGGGCUAACAAGCGUGCUGAGAGAGAGGCGGCCUUUGAGCCUUCCACCCUUUGGGUCAGGCGUGUCACGUCUUGA